UUAAAGAGCGUGGGAAGAGUCAUGUCAAGAUUCAUCUUGCAGAAGACUUCAAGAAGACUUCAAGCUUCAGAUUUGGAGUUGAGGUUCUCCUUCGAAUCCAGCCGAAGUGCUGUCAUAGUGACUCCUACUUGUUCAGAUGUGCAAACAUAUCCUCAAUGCUCAAGUUUCGAUACGGGCACCAUGCUGCAAGCAAUGGUUUGAUUGCGCAGAGUGUCACGCGGAGACACAGGAUCAUAGGUUAGGGAAGACAGCUGAGAUGGCGUUCAUGUGCAAGAAGUGCAAGAAGGCCUUCAGGAAGGAUAUGGCGAACUACGAGGAGAGCGAUGAGUUUUGCCCGCACUGCGAUAAUCACUAUGUCAUCGAGGCCAAAACGCCACAGGCAAUGCUUAAAGUUGAGGGCGAAGAUGCACGGGUUGAUUCACGAAUGCUCAAGGAUGAUCGCGCUAGACAAGAUCCAGAUCGGUCCAUCUUUUCAAUGGAUUUCUCGGAUAGAGUAGGAUGACGUCUCUCGAGAUACCCUUGUGUUCCCUGCUUUCAAUAUUGUCGCAUGCUAUCACUGUCGCUGGUGGAUUGGGAUCAUAAUCUAUCUUAUAGGCAUAGAGCA